AUCAGCAGUGUUCCAUCAGUUGUAGGAGUGUAUGACCAGAUCAUUCAUCUACCAACCCAAACAAUCUAUGGGGAUGGUAAUUACUACCAGAGUGCAUACUCACCUCUGGUGACACCCACACCUAAUGUGGCAACAACUGGACUAUCACCUGAUUAUCCCCAGAGGUGUUCUGCUGCUCAGUUUGAAACAUGGAGUCUGAGCCCACAGAGUGUACCCACUUUUGUGGCACCAGUGGAGGCACAAACAAAAGCUAAACCAAAAAAGUCAAGGAAAAGGACUCCUAAAAAUGUUUCUCAAGGACAAUAUGCAGAUAUAAAUACGGGCAAACAUUUGACUUCCAACAGAUCAGUGGCAAAAGGGAGUAGAAAUUUGGCUAAUAUGGAUGUGAGACCCAUGCAGCAGACCACUGGGAAUCAAAUGGAAGCAACUUUGCACCAGACCCACAGUCAGAAUUCUGCCCAAUCCUCUGUCACUCAGAAAGGUGGCAAGAAAGAAGUCAAACGCAUUGUUGUUCCACCCAAAAUUCAAACAGACCCAGUAGAAUAUCCUCCAUAUGUUGCCAGAAUUAUGAGGAUCCUGAACAGACAAAAACAGGGUCAUGGGGAAUCUACUGAUGAUAAAAAGGAAAGUGUUGAUUCCACACCCAAACAAAUGACCACUGCUGGUAGAAAUGAUAAGGACAGAUCUGAUUCUACUCCUAAACAAGCUAUCACUCCUGACAAAAAAGCAACAAAAACCGUGGAUUCAAGCCUUAAACAUAAGGAACCACCAAGUGUUGUAUCAAUAUCUUCAGUGCCAUCAAAGCAGUCUGCAUUGGAACAAAAGCAUAAAUCCUUGUCUGGUAGUGUUGUCCAGAAGGUCAUUGCGAAAAGUAGCCAAUUGAAAUCUGGGUCCAGAAAAGAGCCAACAUCUAUCAGAAAGGUAUUUUAA